UAAGGUGCAUUUGCCUGCAUUACAUGAUUCUGUCAACUUUACCAGAAAUAGAACAGUUCAUCCAGGGUUUGAACAUUAAUGGAGUCCUAGAUGUCAUGAGAAGCAACCCUAUGAAAUCUCGAAAAUUGCUACAGUUCUCRGAAGCUGAAAAGCUCAAUGCAGAUAAGGUUGACCAACUGUUUCAGUUUUGUUAUUCUCCCACUGGAAGUAACAACAGAAGGGAUGAAGAAGCAAUAGCAUUCAACUUUACACAUUAUCUUCAAGAUGUCGAAGCUGAUAGGGUGUCAACAAGCAUUCUUGAUCCAGACACUGAUGACCUCAAYUCGAUCACUGUCCAACUUACACACAUUUUACAGUUUGUUACUGGAUGUCCAACCAUACCCGCUACUGGAUUUGAUAAGCAACUUUCUGUGAUGUUCAAUCACACUGAAACACAAAGGAAGCUCACAGCUAAUACUUGCAGCUGUACCCUUUACCUGCCAGUUAGCAAGGUACUUGUGGAGUACGAGUCAUUCAAACAAGAGUUCACUGAAUGCAUGUUCAGCUCACCGGCUUUUGGUGUUGUAUAGUUAAGGCAAUACACUAGUCAUACUUAGGGACCAGUCGUU